AUGAAGGAGUUUUCGGCAUGUUCAGGGCUUGGGAUCAACCAGAGCAAGUCUAACAUGUUUAUUGCAGGCACCAUCAAAGUUCCCAAUGAGACCUUGAUGCAAGUGUUUGGCUUCCCAGAAGGCACCCUCCCUAUCAAAUACUUGGGCAUUCCCCUUGCAUCAAAGAGACUUGCUACCUCAGGCUACGACCAAUUGAUCGACAACCUGAUGGACAAGAUAAAAAAAAAUGGCCAAGGCGUGGAAUCAUACUGGUUCCAAGCCUUUCUGAUUCCAGGGACAGUCAUUGAGAAGCUCAUUGGUAUUGCUCGUUCUUUCCUUUGGGGAAAGAAGUACGGUCAAGUUGCUUGGGAUGAUGUCUGCAAGCCAAAGAAGGAAGCAGGUUUGGGAAUCAAGAACCUCAAUGCUUGGAAUUCGGCGCUCCAUGCCAAGAUCCUCUGGAACAUUCACUCACAGAAGGACUCCCUCUGGAUCCGAUGGAUUCAUGCAGAUGAUUCGAUCUGGGAGUGGACGGCACACAAGAAGAAUGAUUCCAUGCUCAUCAAGAAGCUCUUAUCCAUCCGGGAUGAGAUGUUGGACAGAUGCAUUAGAGACGAGACCACAACACUCUGGAGCACUUGGUUCGCGGAAAAAAGGGUUCAUGAGGCGUAUGAGUGGUUUAGGCCGAGAGCUUUGCCGACGGGAGGAGUAAUCAGCAGACCAUCUCUUCUUCAAGUGCUCGAAGACAUGGCCAGUUUGGGGAUUGAUCAUGCUUUGACUUAG